CGGUAAUGCUGCUAAAUGCUGGCUGUCAACCGCCAAUCAAAUCAAAAGAAGAAGAAGAAGAAGUUUCCGGUUGCAAUCCACUGUGAAAAAAAUCUGUACCCACUGGACAGGUGUUAAUAGUGAUGGACGAUGGUGAGGGAGAGAAGACGGGUGAAUCAGAGCCCGUACUUCAAACACAGCCGCUGUGUCGCUUCUUCUGUCAAGGAAGACACUGCAAUUUUGGGAAGAAAUGCAAAUUCCUACACAUAAGAGAUGAUGCCAAAGUUCAUGAGAAGAAAGCCAUCAGGACACCAAGCCAGUCAGAUGUUGAAUUUCAAAACUCAGAGGUCCUUGGAGAAAAUGUGGGACACAGGGAGAAUUGCACUCCCACUGGCAACUGCAGGGUUGCCCCAGCAGCCAGACGUCGCCCCUGUCGCUACUUUAUUUCAGGCCACUGCACCAUGGAAGACAGAUGUCGCUUCUGGCAUCCACCACAGUUGCCCCCAGUGGAUAACCAGCCUGUUCCUGGCAAUUACACAAAACCUGCGCAGAGGAUACCACCGGUACCCUGUCCCAGCAUCCUCCAGCAGGUCAAGCUGUGUGACCUGACAGAGGAUGUCAGCAAGCAGCUUCGAGACACAGAGAUCAAGCAGUUGAAGAAGCGUUUUCCCAAAGACCAACUCAUUAUUCAGGAACGAAGUGAUGGGAAAGUUACUUAUUUCAGGGCGACUGUAGGGGCUACUGAUCCAGACUGGCCUUUUGAUCAGAAGGAAAUCGACAUCAUGGUGAGCUUCCCAGACAAUUACCCCCAGGAGAUCUUCACAUUGGACGUACCGUUGGACCAGGAUCUGCCACCAGUAAUGGCAAGACAUGUACAGGAAGCAUCAUUAGAGUGGCUUCAAGCCAAGCAUGCAACCAAUCAGCUUCUGGGAAAGGUAGAGCUGCUCUUCCGGCCUUUUCUUCGCUGGCUAGAUCGUAGCUUGGAGAGACUGUUCACUGAAGGAGCCAGGCAGUUGAAAAAGGACGUUGAUUUAGAAAGAGCAGGAUUGCAGUUCAUACCAUACCAGGAGCUCCAGGCAACAGUGUGUGAAAAGUCUGGGAAUGAUCAUUCAUCUGACACUGCUGCUGCAGAUGAGGGUGCCAAUGAUGAAGGAAAACUGAAAAAGACAGAAGGCGAGAAGACAAUAGAGGGAGGGGAGUUAGUGCAGCAGGAGCAUCCAGGAUGCGAUGAAGGGCAGCAGCAGCUGGGGGAGGAGGAAGCCAGUCAUCUGGUGGAGAACAUUAAGAUCAGCGAUCCCCGCAAAGGCACCGAGAUGAAGCUGCUGGGACUGAGGCUGGGAGACAACACAGCCACCGUAGUGGCCCAGCAAAUCACGGUUUGUCUUCAAUGUAACAGGUGUAAGGUAACUGCAGACCUGACACUGACUGGAAGGACACCCUGCACAGCUCAGUGUGAAAAGUGCAGUGCAAGCAUCAAUGCUGCAUUCAGGCCCUGCAUGCUGCACCAUUACAGUGAUGUCCUGGGAUACCUGGACCUUCACAAUGCUGUACCUGCUGACCUUGUGCUUCAGGAGUGCGACCUCGUUGUGGGCUGCCUCAGCUGCUCCCAGGAUGGCCCUGCGCUGAACGUUUCCUAUGGUCAAGCGAAGGAGUUUAAUUGUGAACACUGCCACGGCAAGCUCAGUAUUUUUGCUGACAGCACAAUAUUCCAGUAUAUUCAGCCGCGUGCCAACACAACAGGUUCAAGUGCUUCUGCUGGUAUUUAUAAGACAAUAAGAGAUCCUGCUGUGCAAAAGGGGAAGCCACUGCCAGAAAAAGGUGCAUGCAAACAUUUCAAACAGAGCCAUCGCUGGCUAAGGUUUCCCUGCUGUGGCCGGGCUUACCCCUGUGAUGUGUGUCAUGAUGAGGACCAGGACCACCCCAUGGAACUGGCAACCAGGAUGAUCUGUGGCCACUGCGCCAAAGAACAGCCAUACGGCAAUGGAAAACCUUGCAUCAGCUGUGGAAGCAUGAUGACGAGAGGAGCACGCACCUGCCACUGGGAGGGUGGACUGGGAUGCAGAAACAAAGUCAAAAUGAGCAGAAAUGAUCGACACAAAUAUGCCAACACCAACAAAACGGUUUCAAGGAAGGCAAGCAGUGACAAGAAGUAGCUGGUGAAGAAGAGCAUUAUUGCCUUAAUUUGUGAAGACAUGUGAUUCUUGAUUUCAAUGAAAUUUUCCCCAAUAAAUCAUUUUAUGAUCUUUCA